GACCAGCCACGGCUCUGUGGUGUACACGAUGGUCGUCGUCGUGGUCGUUUACCGCGCGGCUACACGACGAGCACCGUGCUGCAACCACGUGGCGAAGAAAGCAACAAUUUUCGGAGCAACCGGUGCGACGACGCUGCUGCUGCGAGGACAACGACGCGUCGAGGAUGAGCGCAACGGCGUCAGCGUCGGAAACGCGCCGCGCGGCUGCGAUGCCGCGUAACCCUCGGCCUCGGCCGGAAACUGCCGCGCCGCCGGUCUCGCUGGCUCGCGUCUUGCGCUCCGCUACGAUUUUAUUUAUGGCGGCCGGCGGAUCGCGCGUUGUCGCCGACACGUAAGAACCAAGGGAAACGACGACGUGCCACCGGAUACGGGGCGAGGCGAUUACGCGGAUCGAGGAGACCGAGCGCACCGCUCUUCGGAGCGGUCCGGUGCGACUGUACGGGAAAGAAGCGUAGAAACUGGAAUCAAAAGAAGGAGAGAGGAAGAGAGCGAGAGAGAGAGGGAGUGAGAAAGGAGCGAUGAGGAAGAAUGAGAGGUGCGUACACGCCCCCUAAAAACGCAUUAAAAGGAGUAACGACGAGCAGCGUGGCUUUAACCGGUAAUUGGACCAUUCUUUUUGCCAUUGAGGUAGUAAUGGCCCUUGUAGCGUGGUCACGCUACACUACGGUGCGCCAUAGUACUAUAGAGACUUCCGGCCCGUCGCAGGAAGUGAGACACACGUGUUCAGGCGUGUGUGUUCCCAUAAUACGGGCCCCGGCUCCUCCUCUACAGCGCGCUACAAGUUCGAUGGCCCGUACGGGAAGCAGGCGAGCAGCAGCGACGCGACCCGAGGCACGCCACCACGCACACACGUGCACACGCGUGCCGCCGCGCACGUAGACGCGCCGCGCACACACACCGAUGCGGACGGCGGGCGCGCGCGCCCGCGCGCAGGAUAUAUUACCGUUCGUUCGGGGAAACGUGAACAGAGGAAUUGUGUUGGAAACGUCAACGAUCGAACGGACCUCGGCUAUUAAACUGCUGCAUCCUUGUCUGCCGUCGCCUGCAAAACAGAAGAUCGGGCAAAUAUUGUUGACGGUGUUUCGGACGGCCGUGGAUAAUGAGUCGAAGUUCGACGUCGACGGAAUCAUGCAGUCGGUACGAGGGAUCGUCGAAGAUAACGAUAUCCGGGAACGGUCCAGCCUGGUGAAAGAGGUGCCGCAGAUGGUGUCGAUCUGCCAGGAGGCGCCCCAUCUGUUCGGCGACGUGUUCCAGGAUCAUCUGCUGGACUUCGUUAUAAAAUACCUGCAGGACUCGGACAAUCAGGUACGACUGACGGCCGAAGAAGCGAUGAUGGCGCUAAUAAAGAGAGGAUUUCUAGACACCGACACGAUCGAGGUGAAAAUCUGCCCCCUUAUAGACGCCCAAUGUAGGUCCGCCGAUUUGCUUAACCGAGCCAUGACCCUCAUGAUCGACAUAGCCCCGCUGAUCGGGAAGGAGGCGACGGAGAAGCUUUUCCUACGUCGAUACGUUGCCCUCUGCAAAGAUGACGAAUUCUGCAUCAGACGGAUCACCAUUCUGCGCUUUCCGGAGAUCUGCUCGCUCGUCAGCAAGAGAACGUUGCUCAGGGACUUGUUCCCCAUCUACGUCGACCUGAGCUGCGACAAAUUAUGGGGCAUCCGGAAAGCAUGCGUCGACGUAAUGAUGUCGGUGUCCUGCUGCAUGACUCGUCAGCACCGUAGAUUGUUACUAGCUGAUCUUCUAGCCGCACAUCUGAACGACGAGUCAAAAUGGGUACGAAUAACGGCCUUCCAAAUCCUUGGGCCGUUUAUAUCCACGUUUGCCGAGCAAUUCACCGACAUCUCCUACAAUGGCCAGGGUGAAUUGGAAUUCACGAUGCAGCAGGAGAACGGUUGCAGUAUAAAGUACACGUACGAGGAUAUCUUCCCUACGACGUGCCGGGUACGAAGCUGCGCUGUCGACGCGAAGGACCCCACCUCCAAGGAAACCUGCAACGCGGCUGUGUAUGUGGAGAAGCCAAUUGUCGACGAGGAGCAGCAACUAGAAUCGUCGGAAGACGAUACUUUCACGUUGAACGUCUGCAAGUCGAAGAUUCACAAAUACUACGAAAUGAAAAUGGACAACGUCGAGAUAUACAAUUCGUUCUUGUACUAUUACACCGCGCCGGACUUGCCACCCGACGACGAGUUGGUCGAGGCUGCGAAGAAAUCCACGGCGCAAAAUAACAGCAACCGGAGGUCGGGCAACGGGAACACGAACAAAACGUUCACGUUGACCGAGCUGUUCAAGGAGGACAAAUAUGGGACGGGAGACUUCGACAAAUUCAACUUCCACGAUCAGAAGACCGUUCCUCAGCAUUUGAUCGACUCGUUUCUCUCGAUGGCCGGGCCGGACGAGUGUUUUGACACGGGCGGGGAUUAUCCGCAUCACUGCGCAUUCAGCUUCCCCGCGGUCGUGCUCGCGUUAGGCAAGAAACAGUGGCCUUGUCUAAGGGAAGCCUAUCAGCUGCUGGCGAUGGCGAAGGAAUAUAAAGUGAGGCGCACCGUCGCUUCCGGCAUCCAUGAAAUCGCCGCCAUUUUGGGCCAAGAUCUCACCUCCGACGAGCUUCUGCCUAUACACUACGGCUUCAUCAAAGACCUGGACGAGGUCAGGAUAGGCAUACUGAAGAACCUUACCACCUUCUUGAAUCUGCUCGAGCCGCGCGAUCGCAUCCAAUACUUGCCGAUCAUGAAGGAUUUCCUCGAGACCGACAACAUAUGGAACUGGAGAUUCCGGGAAGAGUUGGCCACGCAGUUGGUCGAAGCGGUGACCCUAUUUAAACCGGACGACGUGGAAUUCUACAUUGUACCGCUGUCGUUCGACCUCAUCAACGACAAAGUCGCCGCUGUCAGACACGUCGGAUUCUCUUUGGUCGCGAAAAUUGUGGCGUAUCUAGCGCAGCACAAGAAAGAAAUAUUCGAAGAAUUGAGGUUCUCCCUGGAUUUAUACUCCGACAUUUGGGUCAGACGUCAAACGUUCGCCAUGUUGUGCGGCCACUUGAUAUCCAGCAACGCGAUCAGUGCGAGAAAGUUUUGCUUAGAAUUGUUGCCGGUGCUAUUGAAGCUAUCCACGGACAAAGUACCGAAUGUGAGGUUGGCGGCGGCCAGAUCGCUCAAAAACAUUCCCGCUGGUCCGGAUUGGUUGGGCAGAGACGAGGUGGAAGAAGUGGGGAGAAGACUGCGAGAAAUGCGAACGGAUCCGGAUAGGGACGUUCGAAUAGUGGUCGGUGGCGAGGAGAAUCCCACGAUAAACACGUUGUUGGAAAGUAAAACUGAACCAUCCAGGAACAUCCUGUUUUAACGAAUAGUGGGGUGAACCAAAAACUACAAUUGUAAAAAGUCAGCUCAACUUUAUAUACAUACCGGAACAAAUAUCGGAUUAAAAUGAAAAAUCUACUAUUUAGUGUGGUCCAGAUAGAGACAGAAGAAUAUAAGUGCGAUUUAUUGUUGCCGUCGACCAAGGUAUGGACGUUUUUUUCUAUACUCUUUAAACUUCAAGACGGAUAGCAGGUAUCAUGGUCGAAAGACGUCGCCGGAAUUAUUAUAAGAACGCGUGCGCGCGUGCCCUAAACGACUUAACGUAUGCGUGUUUAGUAUUCACGAGUAUGUACGCGUUUACCAUUGUGAUCAAUUUGUAUAUGUAAGUGGGGUCCCUUGGACAAGCCGGAUGUUACUAAUUGGGGGGGGGGGGGUACUGUCAUCGACGGGAUAUCUUGUUCUUUGGUAAAUCGUCGUCGCGCGUACUCUUCCACGCGGCGAUAUACAAGGUGUCCCAUAUAGACGUGCGUUAUUAUUAGUAGGAAGGUAACUCCCUGUUGAAUAGUGACGCAAUAAAAGGAUGAGAACUAGUUUUCACACACUUGUUCUGUAUCUUUUAUCUGUGUCGUUCAUGCGCUUUAUUCUUUUAAACAUAGAAAUGCCGCGGAAAAAAUGCCGGACAUGUCCCGGGGGAUCGUGCGCCAUUUGUAAAAAAAUACAACUCUCGGUUAGAUGUUAAAAUGGGUUAGAUGGAAAGGCGACACGUUUUUUUUACUCGUUUUGCAUGUUUUUUAGUUAUUCGGUCGUGCGAGUGUGUACAUAUAAAAUCGUUUUAGAAUCGUGCGCGAUUGGCUAGGAAAGACUUUAGUACCUAUUAGACGAUAAGAUAAUAAGACACUAAAAUAGUAAAAUAAUGUGAAUACGUUUUCGCUUGGUCUGUAUCGGUUACGGAUAUUCCGGAUAUCCCAUGGAGGAUCAGUCAAAUAUAAGAACGUCGUGAUAAUACCGGUUGUUCUGGAGAAUCGCGGGCGGUUUCAUGUAAAUAACUGCUACAUAUUAGAUAAUAUAAUAGUAAAAGAAUGAGAACAAGUGUUCACUUGUACUGUAUCUUUUACGUGUUACGUUGUUACUACUACCUAUCGAUAAAUAGAAACGCUGCGAUAUACCAGGCGUGUUCUGGAGAAUCGUCGGCGUUUAAUAGAAUUGAAUAACCGCGUCCUUAGAUAAUAAGUUAUUAAAAGAGUGAGGACACGUUUUCACGUGUUCUGUGUCUUUUAAUUGUCUAUACACUAGCAUUUUAUUAGCUUUAAGGUAUAGAAACGCCGCGAUAUACCAGGUGACCCAGGGAAUCGUGCGCGAUUGGCGAAAAGGAUUAACUGCCUGUUAGAUAGUAAUUUGGUAAAAGAAUGAGAACUCGUGGGUUUCCACUUGUUCUGUAUCUUUUGCAUUUCCUAGUGGACUGUUCCAAAUCCAUAAGUAGAGAGACGCCGCGAUAUACCAGGCAUGUUUCUGGAGAAUCGUCGGCGUUUAAUAGAAUUGAAUAACCGCGUCCUUAGAUAAUAAGUUAUUAAAAGAGUGAGGACACGUUUUCACGUGUUCUGUGUCUUUUAAUUGUUCAUGCACUAGCAUUUUAUUAGCUUUAAGGUAUAGAAACGCCGCGAUAUACCAGGUGACCCAGGGAAUCGUGCGCGAUUGGCGAAAAGGAUUAACUGCCUGUUAGAUAGUAAUUUGGUAAAAGAAUGAGAACUCGUGGGUUUCCACUUGUUCUGUAUCUUUUGCAUAUCCUAGUGGACUGUCCCAAAUCCAUAAGUAGAGAGACGCCGCGAUAUACCAGGUGUGUUUCUGGAGAAUCGUCGGCGUUUAAUAGAAUUGAAUAACCGCGUCCUUAGAUAAUAAGUUAUUAAAAGAGUGAGGACACGUUUUCACGUGUUCUGUGUCUUUUAAUUAUUCAUGCACUAGCAUUUUAUUAGCUUUAAGGUAUAGAAACGCCGCGAUAUACCAGGUGUCCCAGGGAAUCGUGCGCGAUUGGCGAAAAGGAUUAACUGCCUGUUAGAUAGUAAUUUAGUAAAAGAAUGAGAACUCGUGUUACCACUUGUUCUGUAUCUUUUGCAUAUCCUAGAGGACUGUUCCAAUUCCAUAAGUAGAGAGACGCCGCGAUAUACCAGGCGUGUUUCUGGAGAAUCGUCGGCGUUUGAUAGAAACUAAUAACCGCGUCUUAGAUAAUAAGUUAUUAAAAGAGUGAGGACACGUUUUCACGUGUUCUGUGUCUUUUAAUUGUCCAUACACUAGCAUCUUAUUAGUUUUAAGGUAUAGAAACGCCGCAAUAUACCGGGUGGCCCAGGGAAAAUGCGUGAUUGGCAAAGGACUUAAUUUAGUAAAAGAAUGAGAACUCGUGUUUCCACUUGCUCUGUAUCUUUUACGUAUCCUACAGAACAGUUUUUGAUCCAUAAAAGUAGAGAAACGUCGCUCCAGCGCAUUUCUGGAGAAUCGUCGGCGUUCGAUAAGAACUGUAAUCUUCUCUUAGAUAGUAAAUUAUUAAAAGAACUAGAACACGAUUAUACGUGUUCUAGGUUUUUUUAAUUGUUCGCACACAUCCUCACAUUAAAUAGUUUUAAGGAGUAGAAACGCCGCGAUACGCCAGUUGUUCUGGAGAGCCAAUCGCGGGCGUUCUAAUUCAAAUUCCUACACGCUGUUAAAUAAUAUAUCGCAGUAAAAGAAUGAGGACAAGUUUUCGCUUGUUCUGUAUCUUUUACGUAUCCAAUCCAAUGAACUAUCGACAUAAGUGUAGAAACCGCCGCGAUAUAUGCCGGGUGUUCCGGAGAAAUCGUCGGCGUUUAGUAGAAAUGUAACCACCUCUUAGACAGUAAGUUAUUAUUAAAAGAACGGGGACUCGUUUUCUUUUCUCUUUUUUCCUUUUUUUACGCGUUCUGCAUCUUUUAAUUGUUCGGCCGCGACCAACGUUGAGUCGUUGUUUUAAGGUAUAGAAACGCCGCGAUACACCACGUGUCCGAGGGAAUCGUGCGCGUGCGACAAAGGAGCAACUGCCUGUUAGAUAGUAAGUUAGUGAAAGAAUGAGAACACGUUUUCAACGUGUUCUGUAUCUCUUACGUGUCCUAGCUCUUGCAAAGUGACUAUGUUAAGUGUAGAAACACCGCGAUAUACCAGCUGUUCUGGAGAAUCGUCGGCGUUUGUUAGAAAAUUUAACCAGCAUUUAUAUUAGUAUGAGAGUAAAAGAAUGAGUAACUGAUUUUUAACCCUUUGCACUCGGACGAUGUGUCACCGUUACACGCGACACAAUAUAUUCACGUGUCGUAGUUACCAUCUGUUUUUAAUUAUUAUUAUUAUUUUGUUAAUACUGCAAGGUAAAAUCAGGUAAAAUGCAAAAUUAAAAACACCGAAUAAGUUAAUUUCUUUCGAGCUUUGAAUUAAUUUUCUUAUUAAUCGAUCACAACAACGAAAUUUCGAUGUUUGUAAAAGCUGUUCCGAGUGCAAAGGGUUAUUUCUUCUGCAUCUUUUGUGUAUAUAUCGCAUGCGUGAGCCUAAUAAUUAAGUAUAGAAAUUAAUCGACAGAGAAGUAUGGCGAUCACGCGACAAGAAGGCACGCAUUUCGUUUGUAUCAUCCCUCCCCCCUUUUACUAGCUGCUCCAGUGGCUCCAGUUGUUGCUUCACUGCCGCGGCUAGUGAGAGGGGGAAUUUGAACGCGAGAUUCCCUUCUUGUCGCGCGAGCACUAUAACUGCCUCUUAGAUGAUAAGAACGUAAUAGAAUAAGAACUCGUUUUUCCACUUGUUUUUUUUGUAUAUCUUUUACUCAUCCUGUAGGAACAAAUGUUAGUGUUAUAGAAACCUCCCGCGAUAUACCAGGUGUCCCAGGGAAUCGCGGGCGAUCUAUAUAAUAAUCUAUAAUAAUCUAUUCUUAGAUAGUAAGUUGGAAAAAGAAUGAGAACUUGUUCUACUUGUUCUGUAUCUUUUCCGUGUCCCAUGUAAUGCUGUUAUAGGUGUAGCAACGCCACGAUAUACCGAUGUUCCGGAGAAUCGUGUGCGAUAGUCAAAGGAAUCAUAGCAAUCAUACGACAAGAAGGCACCUUCGCGUUUAUAUCCUCCCCUCUUACUAGCUGCGGCAGUAGGGCAGCUAGUAAGAGGGGAAAUGUGCCUAAUUGCCACUGAGAUAAUAACACUAGUAAAAGAAAAAGAAAUCGUUUCCCCGUGUUUCGAACCUUUACAUGUACGCAAGGGAAGGCAAUUACUUCGUACAUUAGCGUAGGAAUAUCCCGUGAUAUACCACGUCUACUUAGAAAUUAGGGGCAUUUGAUAGAAAAUUAUAAUCGCCGCUUAGAUAGUAAGUUAGUAAAGAAAUGAGAACUCGUUUCUAAUUGUACAGCAUCUUUUAUGUAUUGUAGCUCUCGCCGAUGACCAUGGAAAUGUAGUAACGCCGCGAUAUAUCCGAUGUUCUGGAGAAUUGCCGGCGUUUGCUAGAAAUGUAUCCGUCGCUUAGCGCUUUAUCAUUUUAAACGAAUCGGAACACAUUAUUUAACCUUUGCAUUCGGAUCUCGCCGAUACUGCGACACAAUAUAUUCGUAUCGAGGCGCGCCAUCCGUUUUUAAUUACAUAUUUUCCUUUGUUCCUGUAAGAUAGUCACGUCGAAUGCAUAAUUAAGAACACGAAAUCUUUUAUUUAUCGGUUCUUAUAAAAUCUCCGAGCAUCGUCACAAUUUUUCUUCCAACUCGGCUCCGUAUAACGAAGUCUCAAUGUUUCCAAAAAUGUGAUCCGAGUGCAAAGGGUUAUUUAUUCUGCGUGCUUGUUGUAUAUUUAUUGCGCGUGCGGGCGAGGCUAAUAAUUAAAUAUAGAGACUGAUCGACAGAAAAAUACAGCAAUCACGCGACAAGAAGAGUCACCAUCUCGCGUAUAUCAUCCCCCCUUUUACUAGCUGCUCCAGUGGCAUCCAGUUGCUGCUUCACUGCCGCGGCUAGUGAGAGGGGGGGGGGGGGAACUUGAACGCGUGGUACCCUUCUUGUCGAGCGGGAACUGUAACUGUCUCAUAGAUAAUAAAAACGUAAAAGAAUAAGAACUCGUUUCUUUAACUUGUUCUAUAUCUUUUACAUAUCCCAUCAAAACGUCAGCGUAGGAACGUCUCACGAUAUACUUGUUGCCCCAGGGAAUCGUGAACGAUCAAUAGAAGAGUAUGAUAACCGCACCUUAGAUAGUGAAUCGGUGAAAGAAUGAGAACUUGUUUUUACUUGUUCUGCAUCUUUUACCCAUUCGUGUUUGACUGCACAUUCGUUUAUAGGAAUGUUACGAUAUAUCGGGUGUCCCGGACAAUCUGGCGCAUUUGUCAAAAUGUUACAAUAAUCAACACGACAAGAAGGCACCUUAGCCUUUUAUCCUUCCCCUCCCCUCGUAUUAUCUGCUCUAAUGUUGCAGCUAGUAUGAGAGGAAGCAUGUUUAAUUGUCUCCGAGAUAAUCGGAUAGUAAAAGGGAAAGCACUCGUGUGUUCCCUUGUUCGCUUGUUCUGGAUCUUUUGCUCGUUCGUUCUGGCAGUUCCGUUAACGAAGAACCGUUCCGCGAUAUACCAGGUGUCCCAGGGAAUCGUGGACGGUCGAUAGAAAAAAGUGUAAUAAUCACCUGUUAGAUAUUAAGUUAGUAAAAGAACGAGAACUCGUUUGCCCUUGUCCUGUAUCUUUUACGUAUCCGAUGAAGUUCGUAAAAUAUGUGUAGUAACGCCGCGAUAUACCGUGUGUCCCGGAGAAUGGUGCGCGCGGUCGUAUAAAUAAUAUAGCGUUUAUGCGACAAAAAGGCACAUUUGCCUUUGUAUCCUUGUCCCCCCUCUUGCUAGCUGCCCUACUGCCGCAGCUAGCAAGAGGUGAUUGCGUGCCUAACUGCCUCUCUUAGAUAAUAAGACCGUGAAAGAAUAAGAACUCGUUUCCACGUGUUUCUAGAUCUUUCACAUCUUCGCAGGGAAUCGCAGUGUAUCCGAUCAAAAACCAACUCUUAGAUGAUAAGUCGUUAAAAGAAUGAGAACUUGUUUCCAACUUGUUCUGUAUCUUUUAUGUCGCCAUGAAGUCCGUAUUUUCUAUAUAGACCAUGAGAAUGUAUAGUGACGCCACGAUAUACCGGGUGUCCCGGAGAAUCGUGCACGCAUUCGUCUCUAUGGAAUAUAGCUGUCAUGCGACAAGAAGGCACGUUCGCGUUUAUAUAUAUCUCUCUCCCUCCCUCUUGCUAGUUCCGCUACUGCCGCAACUAGUAAGAGAGGGGGACGCGUGCCUAAUUGUCUCUUAGAUGAUAAGACCAAGAAGAAAGAGCAAGAACUCGUUUCCACGUGUUUUUCUAGAUCUUUCGCAUACUCGCAGGGAAUCGCGGUGAACAAAUAAAAAUGAGAAGUUUAGCCGGCUCUUAGAUAGUAAGUUCGGUAAAAGAAUGAGAACUCGUUUUAUCGCUUGUUCUCUGCAUCUUUUACGUGUCCUAUUCUGCAGAAGACCAUAUAAGCGUAGAAACGCCGCGAUAUACCAGGAUCUCUUUCUGGAGAAUCGUGGGCGUUUUAUAGAAACGUAAUAACACUCGUCUCUUAGAUAGAUAAGAUCUCUGUCUCUCUUGAAGAAAAAAAAGAAAAAAGAAAAUGAGUUCCCGUUUUUUCUUGCGUCCGCGAAGAUAUUUUCGUCGUGAUCAAUUAAUCGUAAGUGCGCGUUUUUUAUAUUAUUGUAAGAGUACAAUUGUAAGUACAGUUCCAAGGGAACGAUUCGCUGUAAAUGAUCGCCGCUUUGUUGAACAAUAAGAUUUAAAGAAUAAGAUAGAA